AUGACAGUCCUGAACCAGCCAGUUAUUCCUUUUGGAAAGAAGUUCCGUGAAACUUACUUUAAACAAUUCGAUAGUAAAAUCACUCCCGUUAAUCAUGGAUCAUAUGGUGCUUCUCCCACAAUUGUAUUAGAAAAAUAUUAUGAACAAUUGAAAAGAAAUUACAAUUAUCCUGAUUAUUUUUUUAGAGUUGAGAUUUUAGAAGGAUAUGAAAAGUCAUUAAAAGCUGUUAGUGAAAUCCUUAAAUGUGAUUAUCGUAAUCUUGCUAUAGUUGAUAAUGCUACUAGUGGUGUGAACACUAUCUUGAGAAGUUAUCCAUUCGCAAAGGGGGAUAAGAUUGUCAUUCCAAGUACGGUGUAUGGUGCAUGUCACAAUACUGUGAAAUUCUUACAGAAUAGAUAUGGUAUUGUCCCUGUUAUUAUUACCUUAGAUUAUCCAAUUGAAGAUGAUGAAAUUAUUAGUAAAUUUGAAAACGUGUUCAAGAAAGAAUCGCCAAAGUUAUGUUUAUUUGAUACUGUUAUUUCAAUGCCAGGGGUUAGAUUCCCAUUUGAAAAAUUAACUGAAUCAUGUCGUAAAUAUGAUGUGUUAUCAUUAAUUGAUGGUGCUCAUAGUAUUGGUUUAGUAACUUCCUUAAAUUUAGGUACUUUGAAACCAGACUUUUAUACUUCCAAUUUACAUAAAUGGUUGUUUGUUCCAGCGGGUUGCGCUGUAUUAUACGUUGAUUCAAAACAUCAUCAUCAAGUUCACACCAUGCCAAUCUCCCAUUCUUAUCUUGACGAUAAAGUUAAUUUAGAUGAAGAAGGUGAAAAGACUAGAUUUGUUGAUACAUUUGCAUUCUUUGGUACUAAAAAUUAUUCUUCAACUUUAGUUAUCCCUGAAGCUAUCAAAUUCAGAAAUGAAAUUUGUGGUGGUGAAGAAACCAUUAAUAAAUAUUGUUAUGGUUUAGCUCAGGAAUUAGGUGAUUUAUUAGAAAAUUCAAAGGGUACUUUAUCAAAUGCUUUGAUUACAAUUGAAGUACCAACUGAAAAGUAUGGUAUUAACAUAAAAUUAAUUGAAGAAAAGUUUGAAGCUUUUGUUAAUAUUAUAUUUUCCAAGAUGUUUACUGACUAUAAUACUUAUAUUCCAUUAUCAGUUCAUAAUCAUAAGUUAUAUGCUAGAUUUUCUGCUCAAAUUUAUAAUGAAAUACUGGAUUACGAAUAUUCAUCUUCAGUGAUGUUAGAAAUAUUAGAAGGUUUAAAAAAUGAUAAAGCUUAUGUGAAAUUAGCAAAACCAUAUUCAAAAUUAUAG